UAUCGCCGCAUUCAUUAAUUCUGUGUUAGUGCUAAAUCCAUAAAAUUGCAUUUUGUAAGAAACCGGUCGCUUGCAACAAUGCUGUUAAUUUUUAUUUUAAUGGUUGUUAUAAUCUACCUGUUCAAAAUUUCAACUAAGGGCAUUUGCAGAAGCCCAGGAUGUCUACUAGGUAAAACUGCAAUUAUAACAGGGGCAAAUUCAGGUAUAGGCUAUCAAACCGCGCUCAAUUUGGCUUCUAGAGGUUGUAAAAUAAUCAUGGCUGAUUGGGUCGACAUGGAAGCAUCAAAGCAAAAAAUUAUAAAACACACAAAUAACAACAACAUAUAUGCGAUGAAACUAGAUUUAACUUCGCAACAAUCAAUAAAAAAUUUUGUCGCAGAAGUUAUCGCUACUAAUGACAAAUUAGAUAUCCUUGUUAACAACGCUGGGAUUGGCCUACAAUUUAGUACGACAUCUCAACCCAACUUAAAUUCGAUAAUGCAAGUAAACUACUUUGGCCAUCUUUUACUCACACUUUUAUUACUCGAUUUGAUGAAAACAUCGGCUCCUAGCAGAAUCGUUUUCACAAGUUCCGCAUUUGCUUACUUGCACAACUUAACACCAGACAGUUUAGGUUUCGCGGGUUCAAAGGCAGUAACUGCGUCCUUACAAACAUAUUGUAACUCCAAGCUAGCAGUGCUGAUAGCAUCUGAUAUUUUUUCUGAAAAAUUAAAAGGUACUGGUGUAACGUCAAACGCUGUCCAUCCGGGGUAUGUCGCCACUGGAAUUUUUAGUCCUCUCCACAACCUGGGAUUUGUGGCAAAAAUAUUUCUGAAAACUUUAGAAUUUAUUUUUGCCAAGGACCCUUGGGAAGGUUCGCAGACUUUAGUAGACGCAGUUGUUUCAAACGAACUGGAAGAAGUAUCAGGCAAAUUUUUAUGUGACUGUAGGCCUUUCUGGAAACCUUUGGUAGCGUACGACAGAGAAUACUGUCAACAAAUAUGGCGUGCUUCAUUAAAGCAUAUAGGUUUAGAAGAACUUACAGAAAAUAUCUAAAAAAAUAAAUGUGAAGUCUAUUCAUUUAAGGCAUAUGCAUAUUUGAUGGAGUCUUAUUUGCCUCACAAAUAAUGUCGUAUCUUUGUCAAUAAAUUCAUAUUUUUCGAUCAA